UCUUAUAAAUUUUGCUCCAAAUUUUAAUGAAAAUAUUUCCUCCCAAUACAGAAAUCAUCGCCCAAAUAAGACUACUGGGAAAACUUUUCCCAAUUCUUUUCUCUAAUCUGCCGCUACUUGACCUUCACCUUCACUGCCUCCCUUAACCUAUUUUAUUUAUACAUUCAUUGCUUCUGUCUUCCAGAUUACUCUCACCCAUAGCAAAUCUUCAUCCUUUUCUCUAUUGGUUGGUUUCUUUUGCUCUCAAAAUUUCCUUUAUCGUUUGGGAAUAGUUAUCAAAACCCUCUUCCCCAAAGGCUAUAUUAUCGUUUAUGCACAACUGUUUCAGUAGUUAUCAAAACCCUCUUCCUCAAAGCUGCAGGAGAGCGAUUCCCUUCCAGCAGUAAAAGUGGACGGUGAUGCUCGUCAGCAAGCACGUGGUCUUGCCACUCUUUACUCUCAUCCAGUUGAUUAGUAGUCUCUAUUGUUGAUCCUCAACCUGGUGAGAACAUUAUUGAAUGUUGUGCUGCUCCAGGAGGGAAAACCUUGUUCAUGGCUUCCCGCUUGAAUGGCCAAGGUACAUUAUUUGCCGUUGACAUAAAUGAAGGUUGGUUGCGGAUACUCAAAGAGACAGCCAAAUUGCACCAAGUUAUUGAUGUCAUCAGUACUAUUCAUGUUGAUCUUCGAACUUUUUCUACCGAUAAGGUUGUAGAAUGGGAUAAAGUCUUGCUGGAUGCACCUUGUUCAGGGCUGGGUGUUCUUUCUAAGGUAGUAGUAGCUGGGACAUUUGAAAUGUAUAUUUCCUCUUUGUUUGCGAAAGCGAGCAGAUUUGCGUUGGAAUAGGAAACAGGAAGAUAUGGAGCAACUUAAACAUUUACAAGAUGAGCUUCUCGAUUCAGCUUCCAGGUAAAACCAUAGUUCUUAAUUCAUAAACUAAGUGCAACCUUCACCUUAAUUGCUGCUGCCAAUCACCACUGACGGAUUUUGCCUUUUAGAAAUAUAUUGAGUAGCUUUUUCCUAGUAAUGUUGGUGACUGGUGAGGAUAAUGCAAGUUG